AUGGUUGCGAAUAACCAUAUGAAUAAUUUAACGACCCUUAUUAAGCGGCUUGAAGCUGCAACCUCUAGGCUGGAGGACAUGGCCUCCUGCCUUGACGGCCCCAGCCCAGGCCCGUCAUCAGGCACCGGUAUCGUAGGUGCUGAUGCCUCAAAGGCCGCAGCUCCGGCUCUCCCAGCUGCAGAGCCUCUACCAAGAUGCAUCGAAGCCUUUGACGCUAUUAUCUCCAACGAAGUGAAGGCGUUCAUCGAUAUCAGCCAGCAGCUCGGCGGCCUCGUUGCUCCUCAAUCAAAAGCCAUACUCAAAGCCUUCGAAGCCGAGCGAAAAUACCUCCUUGUGUCUACAAAGGCCAAGAAGCCAGAAGCGCAACCCCCAGAGCUCUUCACAGACCUCCACAGAGCCUCUGAUGAAAUCAACAAUAUUCGCGAGAGCAACCGUCCUUCUCCGUUCUUCAACCACCUCAGUGCGGUUGCCGAAGGUGUGGUUGCCUUGGGCUGGUUCUUCGAGACUAGACCGGCUACUUUCGUCACGGACACGCUCGGUGGCGCACAGUUCUACGGAAACCGAGUGCUCAACGAAUACAAGGACAAGGAUAAAAUCCAUGUCGAAUACAUCCAAGCUUACUACCAGAUCUACAAAUCCCUCAUCGACUAUAUCAAGGAAUACUACCCUCGCGGUGUGACUUGGAACGACAAGGAUGGCAUUGAUGUGAUGGAUGCAUUGAAACAGGUGUCUUCCGGGUCGCAGGCUGGCACCCUUCCUACUCCCUCUCCAUCCACUUCGGUGUCCAAGGAGGCAUCAGGCGCUUCGGCGCCACCUCCACCACCACCACCACCUCCUCCACCAGGCCCUCCGCCUGUAUUAAAGGGGGCUGCAGCUGGUAACGAUAUGAGUGCUGUUUUUGACCAGCUCAACCAAGGCUCCUCCGUCACAUCGGGUCUCCGAAAGGUGGACAAAUCCGAACAAACGCAUAAAAACCCCAGCUUGCGAGCUCAGUCUAUUGUUCCAGGCAGCCCAACCGGCUCUUCCCGAGGCAAAUCACCUGCUCCCAGCAAGAAGCCAAAGCCUGAGAGCAUGCGUGUCAAGAAACCUUCCAGAAAACAACUCGAAGGCAACAAGUGGCUCAUUGAACACUUUGACAACCCCACCGGUGUCAUUGAAAUUUCCGCCUCCCUUUCCCAGUCCAUCCUAAUCUCCCGAUGCAACAAGGCAAUCAUCAAGGUCAACGGUAAGGCCAAUGCGAUAUCAGUUGACAACUGCAACGGUGUCUCAAUUAUCGUUGAUUCUCUUGUUAGUAGCCUGGAAGCAAUCAAAUGCCUCAAGUUUGCGCUGCAGAUCGACGGAGCCGUUCCAGCCGUCAUGUUCGAUCAGAUUGACGGAGCCCAAGUUUACCUCAACGCAGCCAGCUUGGAAACGGAGGUCCUCACAAGCAAAUGCACGGCCAUCAACCUUGUUCUUCCCCCGCAGGAGGAUAAUGAAUAUUCAGAUGGUAAGGAAUGUCCUAUUCCGGAACAGAUUAGGUCGUAUAUCAAGGAUGGAGUGGUUGUUAGCGAAAUCGUGGACCAUACUGGUUAG